GCCAGCCUUGGGAGGAGAAUUUAGGGGAAUUCUUGCUGCCUGCUGAUCAGUUCAGGAUUCCUGCCUAGAAAUCUCCACCGGGCGAACUCCCAUCAGCUGAGCAGUAUGAAGUUGUUGGUUUGUAUCUUCUUGGCCUCUCUUGCUGCUGCUGCUACUGCACAUCUACAUACAGACCCGAUGCUGGAUAACCACUGGGGGCUCUGGAAGAAAACCUAUGGCAAGCAAUACAGCCACAAGAAAGAGGAAGGGGAACGGCGCGUGACCUGGGAAAAGAACCUCAAGCUCGUUAUGCUGCAUAACCUUGAGCACUCACUGGGGCUGCAUUCCUAUGAGCUGGGCAUGAACCACCUGGCAGACAUGACCAGUGAAGAAGUGGCUGCUUUGUUAACUGGAGUGAAAAUUCCCCACCGACCUGACCGGAAUUCUACCUACAGGCCUCGCCCUGGCAGCAAAGUGCCUGACUCCAUGGACUGGAGGGACAAGGGAUGUGUUACGGAUGUGAAAAAUCAGCUGGCCUGUGGGGCCUGCUGGGCUUUCAGUGCUGUCGGUGCCCUAGAAGCCCAGGUGAAACUGAAAACUGGAAACCUGGUAUCUCUCAGCGCACAGAACCUAGUCGACUGUUCCAUUAUGUACGGGAACCAUGGCUGCAGCGGCGGACUUAUGACCCAAGCCUUCCAGUACAUCAUCGAUAAUGACGGCAUUGAUUCGGACUCCGCCUAUCCAUACACCGCUCAGAAUGGAACGUGUCACUAUAAACCUGCCACGCGAGCCGCCACCUGUUCCAAGUUCAUUGAGCUCCCAUAUGCCAAUGAAGCAGCCCUGAAGGAUGCCGUCGCCAAUAUCGGACCUGUGUCUGUUGCCAUAGAUGCAAAACAGCCUUCGUUUUUCCUGUACAGAUCAGGAGUCUACGAUGAUCCACGUUGCACUGAUGAUGUGAAUCAUGGGGUUCUAGUUAUUGGCUAUGGCGCUCUGGAUGGGAAGGACUUUUGGCUUGUGAAAAACAGCUGGGGUGAACACUUUGGUGACAAAGGGUACAUUCGAAUGUCCAGGAACAAAGGAAACCACUGUGGGAUUGCCAGCUACGGUUCUUAUCCACAAAUAUAAAGGGAUGCUCUACUUCAGAAUG